AAAGAACCGAGGUGUUUCCAUUGCUCUAUCAGACAGACGGGGGAGGAAAAAAAAAACCUCAAAAACUCUUAUGUUUUGUCUGUUAAUUUUCAAAUGACGACGACAAGUUCAACAAAGACACGCCUCUUCUUCCUCUCUCGAUGCCUAUUUCCCGAGCUUUUCCGUACCUCUCGUCUUCUCUGCCGUCGCGUCAUUCUCUUCACGACGACACCGGUAAUGCCGGUUAUUCUUCUUCUCCUGGUGGUGGUGAUGGUAAUAACCGAGCACAACAGCAGCGCCGGCUCACGCGUCAGAGGAAGCUUAGGCACGUGACGGAUGAUGAGCUUGGCUUAAGGUUUAACGAUAUCGAUCGUUCGUUUUCCUCGCCCGGUUCGCCUGAUACAGCGGCGAGGAAGUCGAGGAAUCCGGACUGUUUAGAACAUUGGUCAUCGUCGGCGGUGCCGAAACCGUUGCCUCUGCCUGAGCUGUUCACAAAUCGGAAACCGAAGACGUCAGGUUCGAGUCCUGGACCGAGUCAACUCGCAUCACCCGAUGAAGAACCGGCCUCUGCUUUCGGAAGGAAGGAUGCAGAUCAUGCUGCUAAAAGUUGUCCUGCAAAAUUAUCGGCCAAUGUUCAUAAGGGAUUUUCUCAAGUUGAACCCGUUGAAAGGGUUAACAAUGGCUCAAGGCAAAGAGUCCCUACAAAGAGCAGUUUACCAAGUUUUCUCUCAACCCCGAUUAGUCCUCGAAGACAAAACACUCAAGAUCACUUUGAUUCUUAUGAUGUUGCAGAUUCAACCAAAUCUUUAUUAAGUCGUCGCAAGGGCUCUCAUGACCUAAACUUUGGAAGUGUUAACUACAACUUGAGGCUGAAUGUUCCUGCCAGGAGUGCACCAACAACUGCUUUGUCUAGUCCUUCUGUUAGCCCACAAAGAUCAAAAACAGUAGAUCCUUUUCCUUCUUCCUCGUCAGGUCCCCAAGAAUUACGGGGGUUGAUAGAUUUUGAUGCUCUACAUUUAGGUAGAGCUGCUGCUUAUACUUCACCAGUGUCCCCAGUAAAAACUGUACAUACUCCUGAACAUUCUCCACUGCAUAGCCCAGGUCCAAAUAAAAUUUUAUUUGCAUCCUCUAGGGACUGGCUUGAAAGUAAUAGUCAAGUAAAUGCCCAUCCAUUGCCCCUUCCCCCUGGAGCUUUACCAUCAUCACAAUCAUCAAUGCCACUACCAUCACCUGUUUCAAGUCACAACAUAGAAAAGCCAAUUGCAACAUCAAUGAUAAGUCAAUGGCAGAAAGGAAGACUUCUUGGACGUGGUACAUAUGGAAGUGUUUAUGAAGCAACCAACAGAGAGACUGGAGCUUUGUGUGCAAUGAAAGAAGUGGAUAUCAUCCCUGAUGACCCUAAAUCUGUUGAAUGUAUAAAACAGUUAGAGCAGGAAAUUAGAGUUUUGCGAAAUCUAAAGCAUCGGAAUAUAGUUCAAUAUUAUGGCAGUGAAAUAGUUGAUGAUCACUUUUACAUAUAUUUGGAGUAUGUCCAUCCUGGCUCAAUUAAUAAAUAUGUCCGUGAACACUGUGGAGCUAUAACAGAAUCUAUAGUUCGCAAUUUCACCCGCCAUGUUCUAUCUGGCUUAGCAUACUUGCACAGCUCAAAGACAAUCCACAGGGAUAUAAAAGGGGCAAAUUUGCUUGUCGAUGCAAAUGGCGUUGUUAAACUUGCUGAUUUUGGCAUGGCAAAACAUCUUACAGGACUAUCAUACGAGCUGUCUUUGAAGGGCAGUCCAUACUGGAUGGCUCCUGAGGUCAUAAAAGCCGUUAUGCAGAAAGAUGCCAACCCAAAUCUUGCUCUGGCUGUUGACAUAUGGAGCCUGGGUUGUACCAUCAUUGAGAUGUUUAAUGGUAAACCUCCAUGGAGUGAGCUUGAAGGGCCUCAAGCUAUGUUCAAGGUAUUGAACAGAAGCCCGCCAAUACCAGAAGCCUUAUCUCUGGAAGGGAAGGAUUUUCUGCAUUGUUGCUUUCGAAGAAAUCCUGCAGAGCGACCAUCAGCUGUUAUGUUACUUGAGCAUCCUUUUGUACGAAAUUCAGCUGAUCAAAAUGGAUCGGCCAUCAUGCAGGCAUUUUCUAGAAUGAAUGUAAUGGAUAAACCACAUAGUCCGAGAAGCUGCCCUACACAUAAAAUUGAAUUGAUGACUACUUCCCUGGGCACAAGGGUCACGAAUGGGAAAUUGCCAUAUAAUAGUGAGACUGGCCAAUCCUUCAGCACCAAAACUAUAAACUGUGCUGCGGCAUCUCAUCAUCUCAUCUUUUCCACUCUCGAGGUCUCCACUUACACAUCUGCAACGGGACUGAUCCGUGGUUCACAUAGUUUCAGCCCUUCUUCACACGUCUCCAGCAACAUGCCCCUUGGCACAGUGAACAAUCAUCCAUGUGCUCUGGGGAGGACUCAAGGGAAAGAAGUCCCACACAUCUGAAACCAGCAAGACUCCCCAUGUGCAUAGCUUGGAGAAACUGGCAAGUUUCUAGCUGAGAAUUUUUGGCAAUGCCAUCUUGAGGUUUGGUGACUUGAUUUGUCUACCAUUUCCCAUGGCUCUGAUACAUGUUCUGUAAAUACAGAGAGUUCUCUUAGUUGUUUAAUCCUCUCAGCUGUUAUUUGUUAAGCUGCUAAUUUUCUCAUUCUUUUAUGGUUGGGGCUUGUAUCAAUAGAAUGAGUUCAUCUCUAGGAUUACACAGGCUGCAACAUUCAAAGGAUUUGUAAAAACUUACUUCCUGUAUCUGUGAAAUUGAAAUUCCUUCCCACUGAUCAUAUGAUAA